AGUUUUGCUUCCAGCCCUCAUUCAAUCUUCGUUUCCUCUUCUGCACAACAGAACAAUGAUUCUGUUAAAAAUUGCAUUCAUUUCACUUUUUCCAAUAGUUUUAUGUGAAAAGGUUAAGCGGCAGGAGCAGGUGAUACAUGAAAUUCCGAAAUUCAAAAGAGGACCAAUAGUAAUAGUUGAUGAGACAGCACUGACAAAUCCGAAUUCGUUCGAUUAUGAUUUCUCGGACGAUCUGGGAAAUACCGCUGAUAAACAGGAUUUGUAUGAUCAAUUCAUUGACCAGCUCCCCAUGUUUCACAUCUACAAGUUAGGAACUGAUCGAGGAGUCACCCAGGUCCCCAUUGUAACUAGAGCAGGGCAAGACACUUGGUUCACUCCGUCCACAGCGAGCAAUCGAGAACAAAAGUUUACAUUUUACCUGACGACUCCGAUGACGCCCAAAAAGAAAACUACAACUACAACUCAUGCUCCGCUUACGACAAAGAUGAGGGAAAGUACACCAGCAACACAUUCAACUACCGAAAGAGCAGUUAUAACCACCACAGUUCCUACAACAACUACAACUGAGAAAACAAAACUUCUCUCUACAACUCCAACUUCCACCACCACCAGAACCGUCCAGGCAACUACUAGAAUCAACCGCAUCCGUCGCCCAUUUCCAAAACAACCAAGGCCAGUCUUCAAGGUUCACAUUUCAAGUACAACAACAACAACUACUACUAGUGCCCCUGAAACGCCUACCAUCAACCGAGGACCAAUUUGGCGUAAGGGUGGUGUUAUCAUUGAUACGACAACGUCACCACGUCCUUUGACAACGCCAAGACAAUGGACAAUAAGGGGAAUAAGAAUAAGAGUGACCAGGCCCCCAGCAAGCACUACAACAACACCUACUCCAACGACAACGACCCAAUCACCAAAUACUAGAGCUCAAUGGUGGAAGACUACAACAUCUGCUAGUAGAUGGGUUGCCGGACCACGUCAUCCACCACGCUUCAAUCAAAAUCAAAACUGGAAGCAUCCGAUCAGAAAACUCCAAGAGACUAUUUCACAGACAGCUGCUCCGCCACGUGUUGAUCCUGUCAGUAACUCUCAGCCAAAGCCUGUUGUGAUCCACACUGGAAGAUAUUCUGGUCCAACAUACAACUGUCGUGUGCUUAAUCCAUUCACUGACGGUCAAGCGUCAUCAGAGCACGACUCAUCCUGCAAGAUGCUCUAUCCAGGAUUAUCACUUGAUGGAACAUGCCGUUGUUUCUAUAAGGUGGCUGGAAGAGAUGAGCAUGGCUGUGCGACAGGCUUCAUCUACGCGUGCCGUGCCCUUGGACUGCGGAGUAUCAGCGUAUAAAAACGCGGUCCUGAAUUUUAAUCUGUCCCAAUUUUCUAGCUCCGGGUGUACAUAUACAAUUUUAAAAUCAAUUACCUCUUUUGUUGAUCUAGCCGUAUAGUAUAUAUUCAAUUCAAUUUUUUUUAUAAUUUUCAAACCUCGCUUUGAACCUCUCUUGCUCAACUCAGUCUCUUUCUCUCUCGUUAUUUCCCAUGUUUGCCUUUGUGUGUCAGAGCAUCUAUGGUUAUGUGUUUGUCUUGUUAUUGGAAUUGGUCACUAAAAAUUGAAUAAUUGAUCCUGAGCUUCCUCUGCCAUGUGAACCCAAAACAAUAUUUUUUGUUCAAAACAGACGCUUCCUAAUUCCGUUCAAAGUCAUGUGUUGUUACCUUUCAAAAGGUGAACACAUCACUAGGAAUUUUUUAGUGCUUGAGAAAUGUAUGUCUUCAUUUUCCGUUCUGUUUUUCUCAUAGUCGGAGAAUUUAAUAAAAUCAAGAAUCAUUAAAAUAUUAUGGCAAUUAUG